AUGGCCACCCUGACUCGACCUGCGACGAGUAGAGCUGAGGACUCUUCAGCGCAGGCGUUGGACUCAAUUCUCACCUCAUCUGUCCCUACUCCAUUUCCACGCGAACUUCUUCAAGCGCCAGAAAUCGUUGCAACGAUGGAAGCAGGCCCGUCCCGUGUCAUUGAAGUGCCACCAGCUGUGGUUCAGCAAGAACUACUACCCUCCAUCGCCUUUGUCGAAAAAACUUGCCUAAUGACGCUCAAUACCCUUCUUUCGGGGCCGACUCGAUGGACGCCCAUUGUCCCCGACCGUAGACACUCGAUGCCAUCGUCCCCCACAGCGUCUGCUGCGCCGCAAGCGGAAUUUCAGUCCUCAUCAGCCUUGCAAACACUAGUUUCCAAUCUACGGAGUCAAGAUAGCGAAAUGGUCGAGCUACAAGGCAGCUCAGACACGGCUUUAUUGAACGAGCUUCGUAGCCGUGUAGACCAAAUGGCUCCGUCACUCGAACCCGCCGAUGCUCAUUUAGCAGAGUCCAUCGUUUCACUCCUCACUCAUUUUAACCAACUUUCAACCCUCUAUUCAACGGAUAAUACUUCUCGCUCCAUGGCUCUCCACGAAGAGCCCCUUCUUCCGCCCCGCGAUCUCUUUAAUACGCUGAAACGGCAAUUGAGCGACCUCCAGAUUGAAAGACAGACGUCCCAACACGAACCCCUGCCACCAAACACACCUCCCGUCAUAGCAGUCGAAAAAACGCUGUUGUGGUCAAAGAUUGAUGAAGAGCUUGACAACGUUCUCGCCCUUUGCAAGGAACACGCCGAACGCCUCGACCAUCUGCCUCCCCAAUACGACUAUGACGACCUGGAGCACCCCCCGCAGUAUGAUCUCCAGUCUCCUCGAGCCAGUCUAGAAGAACCGAAGGGCAAAGCAACUCUGCAGUCUCCAACUCUUGCAACCACGAACGAGAAAAUGCGUCUGGACCUGGAAGCUGUAACAAUGGCGAUCGACCGGCUCUAUCUCGUUGCCCCUCAGUUGCAUAACCAACGUGUGGAGCUCAAGUCAUCCAAAGUCGCCCAAAUGGAGAAGGCAAGGAAGGAAGGAGCGUCGUCAGUGGCUCGGGGAAAGCAGAAGGAAAACGAUACGCGUGAUCUAGAGAGGAUGUUAGAGCUUAUUGGGAAGGCAUCAGAACGUACAUUGAAGGACCAGUCAGUUAUUCUUGAGGGCGGAAUGAAAUCAAGGCUAGAAAGGGCACGGCAACGAGAUGUCGCUAAGCGAGAAGCUUUCGUGGAACACUUGGCCGGCUACUCAGACGCUCGGCGCUUCCACCAACAAGACGCGAUUCUGCAGCCACAUCGGACAAAAAGCCCAGAAGCCAUGCUAACCUUGCCUGAAUUCAUCAGAGAGCCUAUACCUGAUAGCGUUCGCUUGCAGGACCCUAACGCAAUGCUUACCCUUCCUGAAUUCGUAAAAGAGAUGCCUCCGCCACAUGUUGUUGAGCGUUCUUCACCUCCAACACCUCCUUCUGCUACUCGUAUCAAGUCUAGACGAUCCCGCAGUCUUUCUUCCCCUUCACUUUCAUGGUUAAGAAGCUCAAGCUCACGGUCAACCCUCAAAUCUGAAAUGAGCAACUCUGCGUCAAUUGAGUCUGUACUCGAAACAGAUACUAAAUUUUCUGUGACCUACGUCGCAGAGCAUCACGAGAAUCUCCAUCAUAUACUCGUCUUCCUCACUAUUCAUGGUGCUACCCCUGGUGUUGAUAUCGAAGCCGAAGUCUUACCAUCAGGCGGCGGAGACUCAGAAUCUGGCGGGGACUAUUUAGUUAUCAAAAGCGGGGCCCAUACAUCACUUCCAUUGGUUCUCCCUGGUCGAACUGCUCCAGGCAAGCAGCCAGUUCGUGUCCAAGGCUCACAUUUCGAAAUCAAAUUGUCAACAUUAUCCUCCUCCAACUCAUCAUCCCCCGAUCUCUCUUAUUCCGCACCACUUCUCGACGCAACUCAGCUAAAUACUUCGGCGCCAUCAACUUUCAUAUGCGCUUCUUGUUCUUUACCAUUGGUUCAAUCUGCAGCGGCGGUGCAAACGUAUCAAGAUCUGCCUUCUGAGCAUUGGGAAGAACUUGUGGACGCUUGGAUGUGUCAUUCGGACCAAAAACUUAAUGAGCGGGUAAUGAAACAGGGGAAGGGAGGUUUUUGGCCCGGACGAGGGCAGGCACUUGUUGGAGGGAGUUAUAUUUUGUUCGAGGAACAAGCUAUGACGAGGCAAAAUCUAUCUCCGGCGGAGGAAACGAAGCGUGGUGAGGAUUGGCGGCUCGUUCGGUGUUUAUGUGGUGCUGUUGUUGGACGUUGUCAAGAGCAUGAGGCGUCCGGGGAGAUGCAGAAUGUCUUCCGCAUGCUCAAAUACGCCAUCCGACCAGUGAGCUCCGCAACAGAACCGUCAAGAUUGCCGCUUUCUGCAUUCAUCGUUGAAGAUAUGGCGGAGUUCGUUGAGGCCCAUGCGUCAUACCGCUUUAUCAUACUCGACGAAGAAGAAGAAAAAGCGCGAAUAUUGAUAUGGCUCUUCAAACCCAACAUGCGGAUGGCUUAUACUACUCAAACACAAUAUGCCCUCCCUCGCAGUGCCUCGAUUCGGACCGCUAAAGUGCUGUACAAACUUCUCGGCCCUUCUGAAGUAGUCACAGAUUUGAAAAGUAUCCUCAACACCUAUCCCGGCUUCCCGCAAGCCGAGUAUCUGUUCUACCCAAUGGACAUCUGCCGACAGCUAGCCGCAGUCUUGAAGGAGAGCAAUAGGUCGUAUCCGGAGAGCAUGCGAGUAAUGACGGGUCUCGAGGUGGCGAGAGCCGGUCUCGAUUUACUUCUAUUUGCUCCCUCAUCACACUCACUCAUAUCGCCCUUGUGUAUCGCUUUAAUCCACAUCAAUUUGGACCCUCCCUUUGUCCCACAAUCCUUCAUGAGCGAAAGGCGUCAAUCGACGCGAAUUUCUGCAGCUAGAGCCCGGGACACGUCGUCGUCGAAGAAUGUACCUAAUGCUCAAGCCUCCGUAAGUGACGACGACGACGGUUUUGAGGGGUUCAGCGAGGAAGACUCGGACAAGGAUUCAGAAAGUGAAGCUGAUUAUGGUCCACCGAGUGCCAAAAGACAAAAAACCGCAAAAAGCGCCGCAGUAGCAAAACGUGGUCCUACUACCAAGGGUCGCCGACAAAAGAACUGCCCGUUGGUCGAGUUGCCACUGGACGUUUUGUUCGAGAUCUUUGGAAGAUGCCCUCCUGAAGACCUGAUCUCCUUCAGUCGGACAAGCCACACCUUACGCGCACAUCUCUUGUCGGAGGCCAGCGGGGGUAUUUGGAGGGCUGCACGUGAACACGCGGAUGGCCCUCCCGUUUGCCCUGGAAUGUCAGAGCAACAGUGGGCACAUUUGUUAUAUGGCAAGCCUGUGUGCCAGUCUUGCGGAGCCCGUAAUAUCCAGCGCGUAGACUGGGGGCUCCAACGACGAAUAUGCGUCGCCUGUCGGAAGGGAAACUUGGUCGUUAAAUCGCGCUUCAAGACCUCAUACCCAGACGUUGAUCUUAGCAUCCUCGAUCUAUUGCUAUAUACUCAUAUCGGUGGGCAUUCGCAUGGCCACGCAUCGAGUAGCUUCUUCUAUUGGCAAGCUGAUAUCACAGCGAUGGUACAAAAAAUGCAAGCACUCGACAAAGACAUACAACUACGUGUCCCAGGUGCUCGGAAAAGAAAAGAAGCAUUCAUCGCCGAGCGGAAAGCUUUCAUUGAAUCUAUUGCAGAGCAUGCGGAGGUGUGUUUAAGCUGGCUUGAUGGAGCGAAAGACCGUCGGCAGAAGGAGAAGCAGCUUGUGCAAAAGAAGAGAUUUGACGACAUUAAGGCGAAGCUCAUGGCUUUGGGCUACGAAGAAAAAGAUAUGCAAGUGAUUCGGUGGCAAACCAGUGUGCAGCAGGCUACUCCAUUGACGGAGCGUGGUUGGAAGAUCCUACGGCCAUCAUUGGAGACGGAUGUCCGGGACGCGAAGGAAAAACGUCUAAAGGCGGAACAGCAGCAGUUGCUUGCCAAGCGGCGCAAGAUUGUGGUGCAACUAUAUGAAGACCAUAAGCGCACGCUCGUUCCAAACCAAUGGAGGACCCUCCCCAAAUUGUUUGAGCUCUGUGAGGAUGCGAUGUUCCAGUCAGUGAUUAACUGUCCAGCGGAUGUCGAGGUCACUGCCGCCCAUUUCAACGACGCGAUUCAGGCGCUUCCACAGACAAUAAUUGCACUCCAGACCGCACGCACGGCCAAUUUACAGGCUUUGAUCGAUUCCAAGCCUCUCUCUAUUCAGGUUACAGAACCAGAACCUGGUGAAAUCGCCCCUCACCCACGAUCACUGAAUUCAGCUCUCGCCGUCUUUGUUUGUGAAAAAAGAUGUAGUACGUGGAACACCAGCGAGGUGACCUACAUUGGCGAGGAAGCCGCGGCAGCACAUGAAUGCAAACAUUCACAAUAUUACAAUGAAGCGCCACCCGCAGAGACGGUCUUCAAACUGAGUCAACGCGGAGUCCUCGCGGCCUCAUCUCUGGUCAAAUUAUCUGGUCUCGACGUGACUAAUGCCACCUGCGCUCAGAUGGACCGGCUCGAUGCGCGUUAUAUCUGUCUGGGGUGUCCCCGUCGUCGGUCGGCUCAGGGAGAACAUCACAAUGCAUACUCGUGGCGUGCUGCGGUUACUCAUUUUGCCCUGAAGGGCUGCAAUCCGAAUCUUGUCGCGCCUCAAAUGCAACUGAUGGAUUCUGCUCAAACCGACGCUGUGAAGCGAACAGAGGGUGCUGAUACGACAUUAUCAUGGACUUGCAACCACUGCGCAGCCCACUUGAAAAAUUGCGACACUCGCGCAAAUGUUGUCGAGCACUGCAAAACUAGCCAUGCCAUUGUCGAUCCCGUAGUCCCUCGGGAUCUUUUCCGACUACUUGACUUGCAACGCCCGGCCGCUAGUUUUCUCAUCCCGGUUGAGCAGAGCCAAUACCACUGUAUGCUCUGUUCUACGCCCUCGCAGAAAACGCGGCUGUUCAUCUUCGAAGGUGUCAGAUCGCACAUAAAGGCCAAGUUCGUCCUGUCACUCUACGAAGUCAAUCUACUCAUGCGGUCAUGUUUCUCAGACAUAAAAUACCAGAACCUAAGGAGAACGUCCAUUGGAGGAAGGCUCGCAGAUAGUCAAAAGCUUUAG